CAAAUACCUAUAAUAUCCCCUACAUAUCCCCUUUGACCCUGUUACGUAGCAUCCUGGACGCAUAUAAUCCUCUCUACAACACCGCCGUGUUUCUACUUCGGUAGCAGUAGCCAACCUACCAAUGUCACCCCCAAUAUCUAUCAGCGAAGCAAAGACCUCGUACCCCAUCUUCGCGGCAACAUUCGCCCACAACCACGCUGGGUAUCUCGUAGUAGGUGGUGGCGGGGGCCCUGGGCGCAGUGGAGUCGGAAACAAGAUCACUGCCUUUGAUGUGAGCUCGCGGGCUCCAAAACUCGAACCCUCCGCCGAACUAGAACUCUCUCGUGAUGAAGACUCGGUUACCUGUCUGGCCAAUUUGGCCACCAAAGACGGCUUGGUCCUCUACGCCGGCCUCAACUCCUCCCCCGCCGACCGCGACGCGAACAAGAACGAACACUUCCGGUCCUUUGAGUUGGAAUACCCAAAGAAAAAGCAGGCUAGGAAGAACGAGAAGGUUACAUCUCAAUUGUCUGAGGCGAAGAUAUCUUUUCUCAGCAAGACGAGUCUGCUCAAGUCACCGGAGUCGGUACCUGCAAAGAAGGAUGGCUACCAACGAUUGCUGCGCCUAUCUCGCCCAAAGCGAAGUGCGAAUGGAAGCAAACGAAUAGGCGCAAUUGCAUCAAGUCUUGCUGGACAAGAAAAUGAGAUCGUGGUCUUCAAUGCCACAACGUCAUCGCCGAAAGCACCAGGCGACAUAAUACAGCGUAUCUCGCCGCAUCACGGAGAGGAAGCGAAUGAUCUUGACAUCUUGGAACCCGAGGAUGGAGAAUUCAAAUUGGUGUAUUGCACGGACUAUUCUGUGUACACAGCGGACAUCUCAUAUGACUUUUCUAAGAAGAAAUCGCGAGAGAAGCUCGAGCCGCCCCGGUCCAAAUACUCAGUACCUUUCCCUGACGUCUUCGAGAAGAAGGGCAGAAACAAGAUUCGUUGUGUACGAUGGCUUUCUCCGUCACACGUUCUACUCCUAUCGAAUUCUCCAAACCGCACCGGAGCAGAGCUUCAGAUUCUGAGGCUCUAUGGAGACACGAUGGGAAGCAUCACAUACCGCAAAACUCUUCCCCGGCACAUAAAACAAGCUACGGACCUGGACGUGUGCGUUUUGGAUGCUGACGAAAAUGGAGCCUACCAAAUAGUUAUAGGUGUGGCCGGCGCCGACUGCUCCACCAGCAUAUUCACUAUUGAUUACAAGGGCACAGCAAAGAACAGCUUAAGUGGCUUCUGUCAUUACAACACUGUCCGCGAUGUCCACCCCUUCCAGAUCACGAAGGUGGUCUUCUCCCCGUUCUUCUCGCCGUGGACGGCUCCCAAUGCCGAGAAGAUAAAACAGCUUGGACCGCAAUAUCUCCGCCUCGCUUCUACUUCUCUAGGGAACACCAUCGUGGUCGACACCAUGACACUGCAGCCCGCCUCAAAUAAGCCGCGAUCCCGAUUUAUCCUCGGGGCUCUUGGAUCUCGAGCGAACAAGUUCGCGUCCUAUUUGUUAGCGCUGAUUGUACUUCUAAUCAGCAUCAUGCUUGCUCAGCCCCUAGUUGACCCCGAAGGUGUCUGGACCCAAGCUCUGGUCCCAGAGAGUAUUCGCAAUGUGGUCAACAGCUUCAAUCCUAUAGAGGUGCCCAUUGAUGAUGCUCGGGCUGCGGCACACUCCGCAAUACCCGAGGCCGUCCGCGAGCCCAUCGCGCGCACGUCGCACCGCCUCCGCGAUCUCCUUCACCUCCAUCACAGCGACAAACACAAGGAGGAAGGGAAGACGAAAGCGGUGAUAGUCCGUGCAGACCCGGAGUCGGACUACAUGGUCUCUACUGAGGUCCAUGACGGCCCGGAGGCGGUCAUCCAGCAACACACAGAGGCGAAGCGCUGGGACGAGCUGAACCAUGAAGAGCGAAGCUGGUGGAAGGAGAAGUUGACGAGCGCGGGCGCGUGGACGGUAGAGGAGGGGGAGACUGUGCUGAAGAGCAUUUUCUUUGGACAGAUAGGUGGCUUUGUGGGGCAGAUGGCGCAGGAAGUGCUGAACGGUUGAUGGGGGUGUGAGACAUUGUGUCUUGAUCGGGUGCCGGCCUGGAGGACUGGCGGUGUGGUAGUGUAGCACUGUAACAAAUUGUUCUUGUUCGUUUCCUUGGAUAUGAUGUGUCUCUCCUUUGAUGUUUGCGCGGCUGUGAUAUCCGUACAUUAAAGGCCCAUGAUGUACAUUUCAAUGCUGUUGCUUAAGUGCUUCAAUACAUGAAAAGUAGCUAGACAGGAUGCAAACUAUCCCGG